CCACAUUCCCAUUCCCUCCUCAAACAUUUUAAUAGCCGUUACACUUUUGUCUCUUGUGUCCACAUUUUCAAACCCAAAUCAAACCCAUGCAAAGUCCAACAACACUGUCUUCUCCUCACUGUCCCACCAACACACCCUAAAAAUUCAACCCCUUCCUAUCCCACCCCAAACCCUAAUGGGUUGCUGCUUCAGCACACCCACCAAGCAAACCCAAAACCAAAACCAAAACAACCAAACCACUAAGAAAAACCACCACCAUGAACCACCACCACCACCCUUGGAAGCGGAAUCUGUGAAAGAGGUCCUCUCAGAGACCCCAAUUACGAAACCUCAACAAGUUCCAAUUUUGACGCCAGAAACGAAGACCCUUUUGCCUCUCCUUCAAGACCCACCUCCGAAUUUCGAAACAAAGUCAAAGGCUCCUCCCACAGAAGAAGUCUCUGAGGUUGUUUCUCAGCUUUCAGAAACAUGCAGCAUCAGCGAGAGCUUCUCCGCCGCCACAACCGCAACCACCGCCACUGCUACAACCACCACUGUCACGGUUGCGGAUAAGAGAGAAGAAGACGAAGCAACCAGCAAAAUUCACAAGUGGGACCGAUCUCCCUCCAGGAAGAGGCCCUACGCCGCCGACGGCAACCUCGCCGGCGUGAGAGACCGUAGGCUCAAAUCGCCAGCGAGGAGGCAGGAGCCGUCGCCGGAGAAGAAAAUCAAGGGCGGUCCGAGGCCAAUUCGGGGGAGGGAAAUUUUGGAUUCCGGCACGGCGGCGAAUCGAAAGCGCAAUGUGGGCCCCGCCGCACUUCGGCGGGAUUCCGGCGAGGGUUCCGGCAGGCGGUCGAGGUCCCCGGCGUGUGCUAGAAAUGGAAAGGUGGGUGCCGGGGGUGGUCGGAAAGAGGUUGCUCCGGCGAAGGAGGUGGAAAAGGAGACGAAAAGUGAGUGUGAGGAAGUUGGGGAGAAAAACGACGUCGUUUCGAAGGAGGAGUGCCUCGAGAACCCGCAUGUUUCGAUGGAAUGCUUUAUUUUUCUGUAGGAGAAGCACGUUUCUCAAACCUUUUUGGAAACUCUAGAAGCGAUUUCACAUGGCGUUGCUUUCGUUUUCAGCUUUUUUUUUUACUUUUGACUUUUUAAGGCCUUUGUUAAAACGGUGGUAGAGCUUUUGGGCUUUGCUUUUUGUAUUCUUCCGGGAGUCACUCCUUAAUCACAGAUUACUGUGUAAAUAUUCAUAUGAUGAAAUGAGUCCGAGUAUUUCAUAGUA